AUGGCGCCUAGUCCAACGGCUGUCUCUGGCCUGUUGCGCCAGGUGAUACAGUAUCAUCUCGACAACGCCUCCUUCGACAACGCGCUCUUCUUCGCCGAACGAUUCGUAGCGCAGGAUCCGCGCUCAAGCGACGCCACCCAUCUUCACGCUCUCUGUCACUUGCGGCUAGGAGACUAUCGCUCCGCUUACGAUGUCGGAAAGCCAAUGGGAUAUCGUGGGACGAAUUUGGGAUGCGCCUGGGUGUUUGCGCAGGCCUGCUUAGCGUUGGAGAGAUUCAAAGAUGGCAUCACGGCGCUUGAGAAAUCCAAAAUUCUGUGGUCCUCGAAAGGCAGCUUGGGAAAGAACGGUGCUCUGCUCCGCGCAAAUGGUUCUCCCGAUGCCGCUGCCGUUUUGUGCUUGCUUGGGAAGCUGUAUCGCGGCUACGACGACAAGAAGAAAGCAGCCGGCGCCUUUGAGGAAGCCCUCAAGUUGAACCCGUUCCAGUGGGAUGCGUUUACGGCACUCUGCGAUAUGGGCGUCAACGUGCGUGUCCCCAACAUCUUCCGAUCCUCUGAACAACUCGCUCGCAGUUUCGACCCCGAGGCAUCAUUAACUACAAAGACGCCGGUCCCCAUGUCCAACCCCAACACACUCGAAAUGGCACCGAAAAAGUCAACACUACGAAGUCUCGCAUCCGACCUGGGGUCCGAUCCAUUUAACGUCGGCUUUUCUCUGUCAGAGGCGACGAGCCCUCUUGCCGACGUCUUUUCAGAAUCAGCGGAUGGUGAUUUGAUGACCAAAAUCCAGAGCGCGCGACUGCGCCUCGGAACCUCAAAUAGCAACAUGUCGCUAUUUGACGCAGAAACACCGAUAGGGCCAUCUUCUGGAGACGCAUUGGGCAGGAUGGUUGGCGGCCACGAUCCUCCUCAAGCGCCACCUCGACGAGCACGCCAGGCUCAGGGAAUAGAUGCUGGCUCAGAGGCCCCGCCACGCAUGAACUAUCGAUUGGGCGCCAAAAGAAGCACACGGUCGGAAGACCGAGACGUUCAACAGGCUGUAGAGUCCAUACCCGACGUUCCAGUUGCGGCUGCUGCCACCACCCGAGCGGCGGCUUUGUCGACGGCGGAUAGAAAACGAACACUGUCUGGCCAUCCCGUUUCACGCACAGCUAACAUUGACGAUGCUGGUACGAGAAGAAGCGCCCGACUUACUACGUUUAAGCCGUCCUCAAGGGCUAAUUCUGGCGCUGCUACGAUCGGAGCUUCUGCUGGUCGCGAACUGAAAAAGGCCAGGCCUCCCAUUUCACGCAUAGUACGGCCUGGCUCCAGUGGUGCCAAUGUUGGCCGUGUAGUCAGCGGCAACCGAAAGCCGAUUGACGAUCACGCUGAUGUAGACCACGGUGAGGCUUCGCGCGUGCGCGAACCCACAACCUCGACACAGACAGCAGUACAGCCACCCCAACCGCCGAAGCAGGCAGACGAUGGAGCUAAGAUGGAGGAAGCCGUUCGGUGGAUAAUGGAUGUGAUGAAGAAGCUGGGCAAUGGUUACUACUUCCUCUCGAGGUUCCAGUGCCAGGAAGCACUUCAAGCGCUGAGUUCCUUGCCGCCUGCUCACCAGGGUACACCAUGGGUGCUUGUCCAAAUGGGCCGCGCGCAUUACGAGCAGGCCUCGUAUGCGGAAGCUGAAAAAUUCUUCAGGCGCAUGCGCGUACAAGCGCCUUCACGACUCCAAGACAUGGAGGUGUACUCGACUAUUUUGUGGCAUCUGAAGAGAGAGACCGACUUGUCUUUCCUGGCUCAUGAGCUGGUCGACUCAGCGUGGCACUCUCCACAAGCCUGGUGCGCUCUGGGAAAUGCUUGGUCUCUGGCCAAGGAUGCCGAGCAAGCUCUGAAAUGCUUCAAAAGAGCGACACAGCUGGACCCCAAAUUCGCCUACGCUUUUACACUGCAAGGACACGAACACGUCACCAACGAAGAAUACGAACAGGCACUAACUGCGUAUCGGCAAGCUAUCUCUGCCGAUAAACGCCACUAUAACGCAUACUAUGGCAUUGGUCGAGUACAGGAGCGCCUUGGCGACUAUGAAAAGGCGUUGACGCAUUUCCAAGCUGCGCAAUCCAUUAAUCCCAACAAUGCGGUCCUCGUGUCGUGGAUUGGAACAGUCUUGGAGAGGCAAAAACAGAUUAUGCCCGCGCUCAAGGCAUACACAAAGGCCGUCGAGCUAGCUCCUAGAGCAGCCUUGACGAGAUACAAAAAAGCACACGCUCUUUUGGCUAUUGGCCAGAUUGAGGAGGCCGAGAAGGAGUUGGUCAUUCUCAAAGAUUUGGCACCGAACGAAGGGCAUGUCCAUUUCCUGCUCGGAACAUUGUAUAGAAGCAUGAACGAGCGGCAACUGGCAGUUCGUCACUUUACCAUUGCAUUGGCGCUGGACCCAAAGGCUGGGCCGAUGAUCAAGGAAGCAAUUGAACGCUUUGAGGACGAUAUGCCCAUGGAUGACUCUAUGAUGACAUGA